AUGUAUCGGAGGUUUGGAGAAAAAACGGUAAGAAAUGGGUUUGGGGUCAUCAGACGGUUCAAAUCGUGUAAUGCAUGCGGGAUACACUUGCAGAGUCGAAACCCGGAGAAAAUCGGUUAUUAUACGGCGCCCAAAUCGUCGCUGCGAUCUGCACAAUCGGCUCAUCGCCACGACUUAAAAGAACUGAAAUACCUGCUUUUCAGCCAGGCUAUUCCGGGUCUGCAGUCACAGCAAGAGCAGGAGCAGGAGAGCAAAACGGCGGCUCCUCUGGUCUGCAAACGUUGCAGUGAUGCUUUAAAUCACAACAAGUACGAUUCCGAUGGGUUUCGGCGAUUUUCCGCCCAGGACAUUGGCCAAUUUGUGCCAAGAGACGCUGACGUUUUCCAUGUGGUGCCCCUGGCGCAAUUUCCGUUCCAUUUUGAUCGCCACUUGUUCACUAGAAAAGACGCCAGCACUAUGCCCACCUUGCUGCUGUCCAAGGGCGAUUUAAUCACCCCAGAUAAAGGUUUUCUGCAGCGUAAAGCACCCAUUUUCUUCGCAGACUUUUUGCGAACCAAACUGGCGCAAUCGGCAACCAAAGUCGUGGCCUUUUCAGCGACUCAAAAAUGGAAUAUUCAAAGCGUGUUUUCCGUGCUUCGUCGUAACUCGUAUCUGCUUGGCAGUCCGAAUUCCGGGAAAUCUACUCUCAUAAAUGCACUUUUAAGCCGGUACGGCGGUCACAAAGGCGAUAGCGCUGGCGCCGACAGCUUGACUGGUGAUCAACAUGGCGCUGGGGUAUCACAUCUACCGAACAUGACUCGCAAUCUGCAAGCAUAUUCCAUAAGCGAAAAGACCGUAAACGAUCUGCCAGGGUUCAGCUCUGAUCCUCAAAACCUAUCUUUGGACACCAUCAUUGAACCCAAAGUUUUGGAAAGGAUUCGGAAAACGCACCUUUUCUCAAAAUCAAAAUUGGUCAAACAAUCAUAUGCCUCGCUCAAGGGUAGUGUAAAUGGUCGCUGCUACACGGUGAGUGGCUUAUUUUAUCUCGUUCCGCCUGCGGGCACGAUAAACCAAGUUGUCAACUUUAUUCCAGGCAACGAAAAGCAAUAUCACAACGUUGAAAAGGCCUUAUCGGUGGCUUCUCGUGAACUUGGCUCUGAAGUUGGUGCUGCUAAGCAGUACGUCGGUAUCACAAAGCCUUUUACCUCGAAGGAGAACUUUGUUAGACAUAUAUUACCACCGUUCCAGGGCACGAUAGAGGUGGUGCUCAAGGACAUUGGCCAUUUUCAACUGAAAUCAACAGGAAAGUACGAGUUCAAAGGUCUUUACGAAAUUUGGGUACCCAGGGGAAUUGAUGUCUGCAUUCGUGAGCCUCUUGAACGCCUGAUUGAAGUUGGAUACGAGACGCAUCUUGAGUCGCGAGGCAAAAGGUCUUCCUUCCCACAAAGACGCCCUGUGUUUAGUUCGACCUAUCCGCUCGGAUUUGAGGACAGCGCCACGUUGUCUCGAUUGCAAGACAUGUACCUAGAGCGGACCAAAAAUGAUAUCAUGGGCAGACGCUUCCACGACAAGGAUCCUGAACAAGUUGUGGCUCAUCUCCAAUCUGAACCUCCAAAUCUAUACUGGCAUUACAACUGGUAA